UGUCGUGUUGUUGGUAAAGUGCAGAGUGCAGUGCAGUGUGUUGGUGGGCAGUGUGCAGUGGAGGUGUUUGUGGCACCCACCUUGUCGUCGACUCGGAUACAGCAGCCCGCCGCAGCCUUCCGGCGCGCCGCUGCUCUUGGAGGUCUCGGUGGUGGCGCGGUGCGUCGUCCGCGACAUGAGCCGACCAUGAGCACGGCGUCGUCCCUGGCGAGCGGCGCGAGCGGCGUCAACUCGCUGAGCUCGGGCGGGGGCGGGGCCGGCUCCGGCCCGGGGUCCGGGACGGGCUCCGGCUGCCGGGUGGACGUCGGCGCCGACCCCCGGACAUGGCCGCGGCGGCAGCGCGCCUACCGGCCCCCGCCGCCCGACACCAUCAUCUGCUCCGACGACGAGGACGCCGACCUUCCCCCGUUGCGGGGCUUCGUGAGGGGCUCCGACCCUAGGGUGGCGACAUGUCGGGGGAAGCUGCAGAACAAGCGGUCCAGGCUCAAUCAGGAAAUCAACAAGGAGCUGAGGCUGCGCGCUGGCGCGGAGAACCUCUUCAAGGCCACAACCAACCGGAAGUUGAGAGAGACGGUGGCGCUUGAGCUGAGCUUCGUCAACUCGAACCUACAGCUGCUCAAGGAACAGCUGGCCGAGCUCAACAGCUCGGUGGAGCUCUACCAGAAUGAGAGCGCGGAGCCCGCCACGCCCAUGAUACCGCUGGGCCUUAAGGAAACCAAGGAGAUCGACUUCAGAGAGCCCUUCAAGGAUUUUAUUUUAGAGCACUAUAGCGAGGACGGAGGUAGAUACGAAAAUGCAAUAUCCGAAUUUAUGGACAUUAGACAGGCGAUGCGGACGCCGCUGCGGGACAAGUCCGGCGUGGCGCUGCUGUUCCAGUACUACAGCCAGCUGUACUUCGUGGAGCGGCGGUUCUUCCCGCCCGACCGCAGCCUCGGCAUCUACUUCGAGUGGUACGACUCGCUGACGGGGGUGCCGAGCUGCCAGCGCACCGUCGCCUUCGAGAAGGCCUGCGUGCUGUUCAACAUCGGCGCGCUCUACACGCAGCUGGGCGCGCGCCAGGACCGGCAGACGGCGCGCGGCCUGGACCAGGCCGUCGACUCGUUCCUCCGCGCCGCCGGCACCUUCACCUACAUCUGCGACAACUUCACCAACGCGCCCUCCAUGGACCUCGGCCCGCACAUGCUGCAGAUGCUCGUGCAGCUCAUGCUGGCCCAGGCGCGGGAGUGCCUGUUCGAGAAGCUGGAGCUGCAGUCGCGCGACCCCUGCGACGAGGACCAGAUCGACGACACGAGGGACAUCGACGUGAGCCUCGACCUGGCCCAGGAGUCGGCGCAGGUGGCGGACGUGUACGGCCUGGUGCACGACCUCAUCUCGGCCAGCGCCGUCAAGGACUACGUGCCCUUCUCGUGGGUGGCGCUCGCCCGGCUCAAGAGAGAGUACUACACGUCGCUGGCACACUUCCACUGCGCCAACGGCCUGCUGGCGCGCCCGCUCGCGCACCUAGACGAAAGGACCAAGGAGGCGCUGCAGUUCAUGCACGGCGAGCCCGAUGUGCGGACGCAGCUCGACAUUCGGGUGCCGGCCGACGACGGCGAGAGGAAGCUGCUGGGCCGUGCCCACCUCCGGGCGGCGCUCCUGUGUGUGGAGGAGAGCCAGCGCCAGCAGCGCAUGUGCCGCGAGCUGCGCGACAAGCUGGCCCUGCAGGCCGUGCUCCGGCGCACGCACGACCGCGCCAUGGACGCGUACGCCGUGCACGAGGACGAGGAGGAGUUCAGGGAGCUCCUGGACCCGCCGAGAAUACUGGCGUCGACUAAGUUCCAGCUCAGCCUGACGUCACCGGAUUUCUCCCAGUUCCGCGUCGAGGACCCCUUCCGCAGCCUCGGCCCCGUGGCCAUCUUCUCCGCGCGCCACCACUGGACGGCGCCGCGCCAGGUCACGCUGCAGCGCGCCGACGACGAGGGCUUCGGCUUCAGCGUGCGGGGCGACGCGCCCGUCAUCGUGGCCGCGGUCGACAACGGCUCGCUCGCCGAUUUUGGUGGUAUGAAAGAAGGCGACUUCAUUGUCUCCAUUGGAGACAAAGAUGUCAAGUGGGCGGCCCAUGAGCAAGUGGUAAAACUUAUCAAGGAAGCCGGAGACUCACUCACACUAAAGCUAGUCACUCCUAUGGACCGCAAUUACCUGAAGGCAUCUAAUAAAAAUAGCAACAAAGGUUCAGUCUCAGCUGGAAGUUCAAGCGGAGAGCCAAGCCCUGCAUGUUCUGUAGCUGGAAGUACAACAAAAAAGCUUACCUGGAAUCCCUUCCGCAAACAGCGAGAAAGAGACAGUGGUUUUGAAGCUAGCAAUGUUAUCUUAAGAUAAUGACUCCAUGGUGGUUUGCAUUUGGGUUUGUCUGAUAUCUUCUGAGUAUUCCGCUGAGUUGGAAGUGACUGAUUGUUAAUCUUUUCAAUAUUAAGACAAAUAUGCUCUUUUUGUCCCUCUCUUAUACAAUUCUGUACCUCUGUAGUUUAACUGUUAAAUCUGAUUUAAGGAUUACCUCUGUUUAAGAUAUCAACAAACCACCAUAGGAAGUUGUUAAAUAUUGUGAUUCUUAAAUUAACUUGCUGUAGGUAGGUUUAUGUGCCUAGCUAAUAGCUGAUGCUCAUCAUGUAAUAAUUUCUAUUACAUAGAAGUUAAGAGGAAGUAAAUCUUAAAGCAACCCUCUGGCUAUCCCAGUACCUUAGAAAUGUGUGCAUAUUAUGUAUAUAAAUGUUAAAUAAUACAGCUGCUUUUGUAUAUACGUGGAUGUUGUGGUCUUGAUUUAAUUGACCUUCUGACUUAUAACUUUUAGAAAUGUGCUCAACUGCUAAUGUGAGUAUGUGAAUAGGAUUAACAUUCUCAUCUAUCUUAGAACUAGAAUGUUUUAAAUGUGACUUGACAAGUGUAGUGAAAGCUAGGAGUCAGAAAGUUAGUUAAUUUCAGAGGCAACUCAAACCUUGUUUAUUUUUGUACAUAAAAGAAUUAUGCAUUGUUACCUUUGUUGUAAAAGAAAUAGUCUAUCCAAUGGAAAUUAUUGUUGUGCAACUUGCUUUAGAGAACAUAAUUUUUUCCUGUAAAUUAUAGCAAGAAAUUGUCACUGUGGACUGGAGACAAUUUACUAAUAAAACAGAAAUCUUCUACACUGUCUCGUUUCAAACCGAACCUAUGUAAAAAAAAAUCUAUAGCUGAUACUCCAUUCUGUUCUGCUCGUACAGUAAAAAUAAAUACUUUACAAAGACGAAA